ACAAACCCAAAAGUAUAAAUAAAGUGCCAGAAUUUCAAAUUAAAACAGUUUAUUUAACGUACUCCAAAUAAAACGGUGCCAAUUUUAGAAAAAUUAAAAAACUUUAAGUUUUUAUUUCUUUUUUUAACUAAGAAAACAUUAAGUAAAAAAAACAACAAUAAAAUAAAAAUGGCUUUCAAGAUUGUAUUUGUUUUGGCUGCUUUCCUUGCCUGCGCUUAUGCUAAACCUGGUGGUCCAGCUGCCUACUCAAUUUCCGCCCCCAGUAUUGAUCAUGCUUCAGUAGGUCAAUCACAAGAGCAUACCGUUAAGGGUCAUUAUGGUCAAUCCUCACAGUCGGAAUACUCAAGUGCAGUUAAAACCGCACACUCACAAUCUCAUGUACAACGCUCCAGCAUUAGCAAUGAUGCUGCUAUUGCUCCCGGUCAUGUAGUUGCUGCUGCACCUGCCGUUCUCAGUCAUGGUCCCGCCUUAAUUGGUCAUUCUGCACCAGCUCUCUCACAUGGUUAUUCUUAUGCUGCUGCCGCUCCUGCCUUAUCUCAUGGUUAUUCUUAUGCUGCUGCUGCGCCUGCCAUUUCUCAUGGUAUUUCUUAUGCCGCUCCCGCUCUUUCACAUGGUGUUUCUUAUGCUGCUGCUGCGCCUGCCGUUUCACAUGGCAUUUCUUAUGCGGCUGCUGCUCCCGCCAUCUCACAUGGCUAUUCUUAUGCUGCUGCCGCUCCUGCCAUUUCACAUGGCAUUUCUUAUGCAGCACCCGCUCUGUCACAUGGCUUGUAUUCGCAUGGCAUCUCACAUGGUUAUGCCGCACCUGCUGCCAUCAAAUAUACUUCAGCACCCUCAAUUGCUCAUGGUGCCAUCUUAGCUGGUCAUGGUUUGGGAUUGGCUCCAGCCCACUAUGCUGCCCCUGCUCUCGUUAAAGCUGUAGCUGCUCCAGCUUUAGUGCAUACAUCCGUUGCCGGUCAUGGUGUCCAUUACGGUUACUAAACACUUUCAACGCGUUACAGGGAAAAAAGAAGAAAAAUAAUAAGAUAAGAGAAGUAAAGAGAGCAAAGAAAAAAAAACAUGAAAACUAUGAUGAUAUUGCAGAACUUCCGAAUAGCUUGCCCCAAACCAACCCAAACGAAAACAAACUAAACACCAACCCAGAACCUUGUUAUUUUAUGUAUUGAAUAACUUUCAUACUUUCCAUCUUUUUUCUUUUACCUUUAAAUACUCUUAAAAUUAAAGUUAAAGAGAAAAAAAGAAAGAAAUAUGAAAAAUAUUUAUUUUCUGUAAAUAUUUAAUUUACUUUUGUUGCUUUAAUGUGAAGUAAGAAAGAACUCUAUAUCGAAGGAUUUACACACUAAAAUAUAACAAAAAAAAAAAAACACAAACACUUUAAAAAGGGGAGAAGAGAGCAAAAAAUUUA